UCUUGAAGAUGAAGUUCUCAUCUCCUCUCACCAUUCUCUUUCUUCUUCUCCUUCUUCAACAAACCCUAUUUUCAGCCAUGGCAGAUAGACAAUUCAUAGAAAACACAUGCAAAGGCACACCUUCUCCCGAUUUAUGCCUCGAGAUUCUAUUAGCAAGCCGUGAGAGCGAGAAUGCAGAUCUAACCGGGUUAGCACUCAUCGGAGUUGAUGCAGUUCAAGACAGAGGUUUCGAAAUCCUACGCCAAGUUGUUGAUCUUAAGAACUCUCAGCCGGAGUUGACGCCUGCAUUGGAUAUCUGUGCAAAGGUGUAUCAUGUGGUGGUUGAUUCGGAUGUGCCGUCGUCUAGGGAGGCGUUGCGAGACGGCGUGGCUAAGUUUGCUGAGGAUGGAAUGGCGGAUAGCGCGGUGGAAGCGCAGGCGUGUGAGAGGAGUUUUGGUGAGCAUGGUCAGUCGUCUCCGAUAACGGAUUCAAACAGUAUUAUGAAUGAUGUUGCUAAUGUGGUUAGGGCCAUAAUUCGUAUGCUCUUAUAAGUGGGAUUAUGUAUCAGCCUAAUACUUAUCUAUAUUAAUAUGA